GUAAUAUUUUAAAUGUAAGAAGAAACCUUUUAAUUAUAAUAAAAACAGGUGAUAGAAUAUAGCCUUAGAAAAAUUCUCAAACCUCUUUAACGCAAAAGUCAACACAAAGCUUAAGAUCCAGACGAUUUUUAUUCAACUUUGGAAAACAGCUCAGAAGUUAAUACAAUUUAAAAUUUCUCUAAAAGAGGAACCAUAUUCUCUAUAGAAGAGGAAUACUAUCCAAGAAUAAUUUAAAAUCCUUUGUUAAAUGAAUUACCAAAUUUUUCUAAAAUUUAAUAUCAAUUCAACCACACAAUUCAAUAAUAACCGGAAGUAACAUAUGUUCAUCCUGAAUUAUUCUAAAAUGAAGUCUCAAACUAAAAUUGUUCUGAACUUCAAUAAUAGAAUCUCAAAAACGAUUUUAUUGAUCCUAUAGAAGAUCUUCUUGGAUCAGAUUAUAAAUUAAUAGAAGUUGAUGAUAUAAAUUAUUUAUAAACUUUUCAAAACAAUAUUCUGAAAAAUCAAACAAAGGCAUUAAGAGAUAAAAAAUAAACACCAAAAAUUAUACACUCAGAACUUACAAAAUCAAUUCAUAAAAUAUCAAUAAAAAAAUGA